AUGCCUCCCCAGUUCUCGCGCCUGACGUCAGAUGGAAGUGCAGCAAUGGUUCGCAGGACCUCCUCCGUGGGCCAGAAUUGCGACAUGUACACGAUAAGAUUGCAGAUCAAUCAGGCAUUUCAAGAAGCGGACAAAGAUGGUUCAGGGCAUCUGAGCAAGCAGGAGCUGCUCAAAGUGUUGGACACCCUCAACAUCACCCUUCAGAACCCCGUCGAUGACAUGGACGUGAUCUUCGGUCUGGCAGAUACCCUGGACGCCAACCACAGCGGUCACAUCGACCUUGACGAAUGGGGCGCAUGUUUUGAGCCUGCUAUCAAACGGUUUGCGGUCUCCCCGGACACGAAGAUGGACAUGGAGGAUCUGAUGAAAGUCACGUUUGCGGGGAUCUUGGAGGAUGCCAAGAAGGAGAGGAGCCUGGUGAUCGAGGCAUUCAUGAAGGCAUACGAGAAAGUCAAGGACGGAUUUGGAACCAGAUUCCUUGGCUCUAAGUGGCGCUUCAAGAUCUACGACGCCUUCUACGGAGCAAUAGAGGACGACAAAGUCUACGUCCCCUUGCGCUAUGAGUACCUCAAAAAGAAGCUCAAGGAGGCCUCCCUGGACCAGGAGCCCUGGAUCAAGAACGUCCUUGCCGGGAGCGUGAAGGCAAAGGAUGACACGAAGGAAGCAUUCGAACGCUUGAAGAGCUUGCAGGACGUCAAGAAGGAGCUAAGGGACCCCAAGGUCGUGAUGGAAUUCUGCGCAGCCUGGCUAGAGCUUCUCACUGAGCAGGAGCUGAAGAAGGCUGCAGCCGAGGGAGCGGACAAGUAG